AAAUGGAUCCCGCUGGUUACCUGGAAGAUGAUUUUUCCCAUUUGGAUGGGCUAGAUGAUGACGUGUUCCACUCUGAUGACUGUGAGCUGGUCGGUCAGUCCAGUAAGAUGGCCUUUCGUGGCAUUUUCACCCAAAGCAAACCUUACAACUGCCUUCUGGGGAGAUUCCAGCUCUUCCCACUCACACAUUGUUGUGGCCCAGGCAACAGGCAUGCCAAACAACAGGACAAGGCAACACAGACACUCAAUGCAUCCUCUUCCAGCCAGGAUAUCAUGUUACCUUGUGGAGUCACUGAAGAGCCCCAGAGACUCUUCUAUGGGAAUGCUGGAUACCGUUUACAUGUCCAACCAAUCGGUUUCACACUGAACCCACAUCUCCAGGAGGAACCUCAGGAAAGUCCGCAGGAAUUGCGUACCGAAGUUCAGAUUGCACGGAAGUUACAGUGCAUUGCAGAUCAGUUCCAUAGGCUUCACCUACAGAGGCACCAGCAGAACAGAAAUCAGGUCUGGUGGCAGAUCCUUCUCUUCCUCCAUAACAUUGCCUUGAACAUGGAGGCAAACAGACACCGUGUGGGUCAGAGGUGAGACCUGCCCUGCCUCUUCCAGGUUCCAUCCAGUCUGCUGGGAGCACUGAACAAACCCAGGUUACAGGUGUGUGUGCCACUGGACAGAUGUGAGGUUCCUGUGAACCUGAGGUUGCUUGUUGUACAAAGGACCUGUUUUCAAAGGACUUGCCUUCUGACUCCCUUGUCUUCUGUAGUGGGGAGCUUUGGUCCAACACUGUUGAAGAAAAAUCUUCCCAAGCUGUGUGGCUUGUAAUCAAGGUGCAAGUAGGAGCUAAUAUAAGGAAGCUUUGGUUGAGUUGGUAAUGGGCUGUUGGUGAUAUUCUAGGACUCAUGUUGAAAUGAGUUCGGGGUAACUACCAGAUUCCUGAUGAGUAAACUUUGAAAAAAAUCUGCUAAGAAGCAAUGGUGAAACAGCAUAUAUGUAUAACUGAAUCCUAACAUUUUAAAUACUGGAGAUACUGGUGUAAACAGGGAGUGAGUCUUGAAGAGUAACACACAAUCAUUACACUCAGGGGAACAUAUAGGUUUCCCUCCUGUCUUUCAACUAAAGUCAAGAAAAUGAAAUAUAAGUAGUUCUUAUCAAAUGUAACUUUCUUUACUACUCUAAAGCUGCAAUCCGUAUAGCAGUAAAAGAAGCCAAACAAUAGGAUUUCUCAGAUUUCCUUCCCUAAGGACAGAAAGAAAGGUUCGUCCUUGGAGAGAGAAACCCAAGGCCCUCCCCUAAGGCUGCAAACUGUCUGCAGCUGGUACUUCGAAGGUCUUUGGGGGGGGACUGCUAGUAGAGGCCCUGCUUUCUAUUGUCCUCAUAUGCCAACAUGCCUCUGAAGUGGGUAGAAUCCCAGCAGCCUAGAGCUU